AAGGUGCUGUCUUUCACAAGAAACUUAGCACAUCGGGUUAGGGAAAGUUUUUCAGGUAUUUCUUCAGGGUUGCAAAGGGCAGGUGAUGUCCACUCAGUUCUGUCGGAAGAUGAAAGCAGCCCUGGCCAUAGCAGGUCAACCCAACCUCAAAACAUGUACAGCUUCAAUGUUGUCCUGCUGGACCCUGGUGUUGACAUCAUUCCUCGGCAGAAAUUCCGAGAUGUACUUUGACAGGAUGGUCGUAUUGUUGAGAUUUCAUUACCACGUGGAGCACAGGGACCAGACGCACAGAAAAAACUGACCAGUGCCUUUCCCCACUUCAGAGCCAAAGCCAGGUUGGUGGUAUUUAUACAUGUAUGGGGUAAAAUACAGUAAGUAUAAUAUUUUUCCUUCUUCCUUGUUUGUUUCCAAAUUCUUUAACCCCCCCUUUUUUCAUGUUUGUCGUAGUGGGGUAUUUUUUGGUUAACAUGUGAAAUGGGCAUUUUGAAGCCAGGCCAGGUUGUUAUUGAACAAAAUCUGAGUAUAAAAAUCACUUGUUAAAAUAUGUCCUAUUAUUUCCAGUGUAGUUUUAAAUUUUGUAGUAAGCUGUCUUUAUCCAGCUUCUACACCUUUUAAUAACAUUAUGCCAAAGACAUUUUAUUAAGACAAUCUCUGAAUAUUCAACACCUGUUGGGAAAAUGCAAUACAUGUCUACUUUCAAACAAAGUUUUUAUUUUCCUUUGAAAUAAUAGUCUCCUAUUCAAAGUACUUAAUUACAUCACGUAGUUUAUGCUAAUGCUAAUUCUGUUGUGGAUAAAAGGUCAAUUUCUUUGGAUAGUUAAGAACUACAAUGUGUAUAUAGUGAUAUACAUGGAAACUUUGCAGUCAUAACCUGUAUUCAUCAGAUUUUCUUUAUAAUGUUACCUAGACAAUCUCACGGUUAUGGCAAUCCACCAAUUCAAGUUUUGGUCACUGACAAAUCUGCUCGAAAUAAUCUGGUGCCUGCUAAUCUCCCAGCACAUGGAUUUACAGCAAGGGAGCUCCACAAAGUUGCUGGACAAGGCUCCCUUUAUUUACGCCUCUUUGAAGAUCCCACCACAUCG